AUGCCUGAACAAGACGCUGAAGAUGUUGAGGACUUCGAACCCAACUGCGAUGCUGAAGACGAUGAAGAAAUAGAUGAAGAAGAUGAAGAUGAAGAAGAUGACGACUUAGAAGAGGAAGACGCAGAAGCAGAGGCAGAAGCAGAGCAGCAGCAGCAGCAGCAGCAGCAGCAGGCUGCUGCUGCAGGCAAACGGCAGGCGACAACUGAAGCAGGUUCUGCUGCUUCUAAGAUGCAGCGUCAGAGCUGA